AACAAUUCAUGAUCAUAUGGAUGCAACCAAAGAAAAAGAAGAAGAAGAAGAAGAUGAUGAUGAGAAGGCACGGGAAAUGUCAAUGACACUGCGAACGAGAUCAAUGACGAAAAGGAGGACACAGAAUAAUAAGAAAGAAAGUUUCUCAGCAAGAUUGCCUGAUGAUGUGAGCGGUGUUUUUUCAGAGAGUACAUGUGUGGUCAAAUUAAGUACAAAUACAUCUUUAGAUAUAAGAGAAUCAAUACUUGAAAAUAUGAUGAUGAUGAUGAAGAAAAAUGAAGAAUUUGGUAGUGAAUUUGAUUGGAAUGAUUUGGAGGAGUUGAUUUAUUGUUAUAUUGCUCUCAACUCACCUGAUAUUCAUACUAUUAUCAUUAAUGCUUUUCUUGAUUUGAAACAUUUUCUCAUCAAUGAAUAAGUAUUGUUAUUAU